CGUCGGGACACGGGACCCACUUGCUUGUCGGUUAGUUGCCGGCGUGCGUGUACCCUUUGGUGUCGGCAUCGGAACAGUCGCGAAUCGCGAUAGUGUCGUCAAUUGUUGGUUGGCUGCGACAGCAGGGCAGGCGGGAACUACGCGAAAAUAUAUCGAUAGGCGGCAGCGCCCGUGACGCGAGUUAGUGGCGAAAAUGAAAGAUGUGAUCGGAGCACAUUAUGAAAAUGGGCACCCGCGGCAGUUCAUUUCCAUGUUAGUUAUUAUCAUCAUUUGAGUUUCGUUCGAUACGUCCUACCAGUUACCUGUCCCUUUGGACACGUCGUGGUUUUUCUAUCGACUGUAGGAUUCAAUAACGCCCUCAAGAUUCAAUAAUAUUAUGGCCGGUGGUGCCUAAUAUUAUUUGAUUGUACGAAUUUAUUUCAAAAUAACACCCGCUUCUACGCACUAAAAAUCAUGAUCACUGUUAUCGACAAAAAAGAAGACCCCGUUGGAAAUCGUCCGAAAGUGGACCAACGUCCAAUGGACCAAACGUUUACCGGGACGAUGCGCAUCAAACUCUGUGAAGCUUCUGGUCUACGGCCGACUGAUUUGCAAACUCGUCUGAAGAACAUGACAUCGUUUCUGCCGAAACCCGAAGAUCCGCUACUCGACGCUUACGUCAGUAUCGACGUAGAUGACAAUAUUUUACUCAGAUCGUCCACUGUACCAAAAACUUAUGAUCCGGUUUGGAACGAGUAUUUCACUCAAAACGUUCAUCAGGCUAAUCGGUUGGGCCUUACUGUAUUCCACGAUGCUGUCAUUGAAGAUCUAUUCGUAGCAAAUUGCAAACUGUCUUUCAGUGAAUUAAUUCAACGUGAAAAUUCAGAGGACCAAGAAUUCUGGGUAUGUAUAAUUGUUUACAAUAAAUACCUAUGUAGGUAUGGAGGCUAGUUUUUACAUCUAAUCUUGUUAUUCCUAUAUUGAUUUUAUUCCAUUGAGCUAUAUUGCAGUCCUAAAAUCUAUAAUAAACAAACUAUUAUGUACCUAUUUACAUCUAUUUAUUAUUCUAAUUUUUAACUGUUUUAUUUGAAAAAUCAUCUAUGAUAAUAUGAAUUGAUGCCUAAUCAAAUUUAAUAUCAUUUAUUAUUGCGUAUGCAUUAUUACAGAUAUCUACAUGCAAAUUAAAACAAAAUAUAUAUUUUUAGUAAUUUAUUAGGCACAUUAUUAUAAUUGAGAUUUCUCUAAUGUUAUUGAAUAACUGAAAAAUUAGACUGGGUAAUUAUUAUUAACCGUAUAUCUUAUAUAUCAAUAAUAUUGUUAUUGUUAAUUUAUGUAAAUAUUACAUAAUUCUACAUAGAUAGGUAGCUGUCGGAUAGUGGUCGGUGUAAGUGUUAAUAUGAAUGUUUUAUUUUUAAUUAACAAUUAUAGGUGUGUAAUUAUAUUUGUGUAGGUAUUUCAAACAUAUUUAUAUCACUUAUAAUUAUUAAACAUGACUAUUUAUUAAAUAUAAACAUUAAAACAAAUUAAAAUAUGAAAAGAAAUAAUAAUAAUAACAGUUACCAACCUAUAAAACAACUAAGUAAAUUUAUAAAAUAAUUAUCCUAUAUUAAUUAAUAUUAUAGGAUUUAAAUUGAUAAUUAAAUAAUAAAUCUUACGUUAAUUGAAAUUUGACCUCUCUCUAUAGUUUUUACUUUUAAAAUUAUAUUGUUGAGUUUAUUUUUGUAGGAAUUAUCAAAAUAUUUAUAACUUUUUAAUGUUAAAGAACCAUGGACUUUUUUUUAUUCAUUUAAAACACAAAAAUAAUUUAUAUAUACCUAGGUACUGAAGUAUGUGUAACAAUGCAAGAAUUAUGUAUAAACAAAUGAUGAAAAAAUUAAAAAUAUUGGCAAGACCUCCCUCAGUUAUGGCAUUUAUCAGUGGCACCUACAUUAAUGUUAGGAACAAAUUCAUGAAUAAACAAUAAUAAUAUACCUACCUAUUAUUAUAAUUGAUGAGCUAUCAAAAUGUGAUUUUCCUUAGAAUUUAUUUCUUCUUAACAAUUCUUAGCCUAUAGUGUAAUUUUGACUACAGCACUCUUUAACAGUCAUAUGGAAAUGUUUGACAGACUGACAAUGGGUACCUAUUCAAAUCUUUGAAGAAUUACUUGUAUUUAGUGUACUUAAGAUAGAAACUUGGCUAUUUUUCAAUAAAAACGUCAAGAGUGUAUCGGAUAAAUUUUAAAAAGCCCGUGUCACAAGAGACAUCUUACAAAUGACUGGGUUAAUAUAAUAUAUUUAUACUCAGGGCUCACAAGAGUACAUAUUUAGUAAAGUUCAUUGUUAUUUACGUACCUAGUUCAAAGUAAUUUCUGUUUGAUAAAAUAAUAUUAUUUGAAGACUAGAAUCUAAUUAAUACUCUGUUAAAUUAAUUUUCUUUAGAAGUUUAAACUAAUUGCGUUACUGGCCAAUUUAUACUAUUAAUAAUAGUUUACUCCCUAAUGGGUAAUAAUAUAAUAUGUGUCUACUUUUAAAUUGACGUUUGACAUGUUUAAGUACACUUAAGAAUAUUCUUAUAGCAAUUUCUUAUUUAAUUACAAAAUCUACAUGUUCAUAAUCUUUCCAUAGUGAUUUUUCAAGAGGGUAUUUUUAUUAAUAAUAUAUAUAUAUUAUAGCUUAAAAAUAGUUUAUCAGAGGGUAACCUAAUAGUAUUUUAAACCACCUUCAUAUUUUAUGUUUUUGUCUUUGAAUAUGCAUCUAUUUUAUUUUAGAUAAUUUUUGUUAAACAGUUAAACAAAUUUAAAAAAAAAAUUAUAUUUUUAUUGUUGAUUACCUAUUUAUGUACUCUAUUUUUAAACCAAUAUGUAAUUUAAAAAAAACAAGAAUACUAAACAUAGAAAACUGUUGAAAACCUUUAAAAAUAAAACUAUAAAAUAACAGUCUGAUUUUCUUAGCAAAUUUUCUGAUUGUUCCACAAACACUAUUCUUCCUACCUAUAUCAAAUACUAAAAUCUUAAAGUAUCUACCUAUUUUUUCGUUUGGACAUUUUUUUUUAUUAAAACUUCGAGAUUAUUUCCAAAAGUACCUAACACAAGAGUAAAACUUUAAGUUUUAAUACGAUGCAAACAUUUUUUAAAAAUAACACCAAUAUGACUGAAGAAUAAUAAUUGUUGAACUGAUUUCAAAAAACUAUUUUUUUUUUUUUUUUUUUUUUUAAUGUCUUUAUACCAACAAUAGAUAGUCCAAGUAUAGCCAGUAUAAGUACCUAGGUACUAUUUAAUAGAAAUAAUAAUUAAAUAUUAUACCACCUACUAAUUUAACCAUAAUUCAAACAUAAUGUUAUUGGAGAUUUUGUUUAAAAAAAAUUCUAAAUUGAUAUUAAAACACUAAAAUUCAUAAUAUUAUAAUAAAAAUUAGAUUGCGAAAACAAAGAAGUCUUUCAUGGCUUUGGCUAAAAUCCAAUGUAAAAUAAUAAUAAUAAUAAUAAAUGGUUAAAAUUACACAACUAGCCUUUUAAUCUGCUUUUAUUACAUAAUUUAAAGUUACUUCAUAAUAGCUGACAAUUAAGACGGUUUCCGACUAUAUUUUUAUUUAAGUAUAAGUGCAGUAAAUUGCUUUCGAAGUUCAUUAUAUUAUAUUUACAGUGGGCAAAAUUGUAUACCCGCAAAAAUUAUUGUAAUUAUUCAAAUUAGCCGUAUUGAACGGUUUUUAUUACGGUUUUCAUAUUUUAUGGUCUAAAGGUCAAUUGCUCUUAGUGCCCUUUAAAACAAAAUAAUUAUGGCGACGGGUGAGGUGAAAUUAGCGUUUAUAUUAUGUACACCGUAUUACGUACGUAGUAACGCGCACAUACGCCUAUACGGUUUGACUAUUAUUUACUGCGGGGCCCAUUAGACGGAUCUAUCGUUAACUCCAAAAACAAAAAUUUGGCAAUAGCCAACCCUGAUCACAAUAAUCAUUGCGGAAAGUAAAAUAAUAUAAGUGAACGACGCGUUUCGGGAAGGUCUCUGCAGUACCGAAUAAUAAUUAUUAGACCAAUAACGAUAUUUCGAUAAAUUCACUGUACGCGCGAACAACAAAAGACUGCGUUCGGCGUACGAUUAUUAUUGACCGCUGGCCAACGCAAACACCGCAGGCAGCAUGACCCCUUCCACCCCCCUUAAAAAUUGACCGCCCCGCACAUUGGAAACGGAACGGUUUUAUAACGGUAAAACCAUGAAGCGCCGAGCAAUAUUACUGCACUUGAAAGCGGGCAGGCGAUUCGUGCGUCUCGGGUACCACUAGAGUUGUUCACACGUUUCAGCCGUAGAUAGGCACGCGAUUUUCGGUGCUGGACAACACAUUAUUAUUACUAUUAUAUUACCUAUACGGUACCGCGGUGGUCGCUCGUAUUGCAGUCAUAAAACAAGUCGGAGGAAACUCUAAUAUUUUAUCCAAGCGGCAUGACGUGUACGCGUAAGCGGUUAACAUUGUUUGCAGCCUGAAGUAGAAAAAAAAAAAUGGUUUGCGGAAAAACAUUCAAAAACCAAACCAUCCGAGGGUCGAGUACCUAAUAAAGUUAAUAAUAUCACAUUUUUAUACAUUUUCCAAAAUUAUUAUUGUUUGCUUUUUUCGAUUUGUCGAGUUGUAAAGAAGAGCAAACCUUAGUAGUCUAAAACACUAAAAUAUCCUUUGAAAAUUAACAAAACCCUCGCUAAAAUACUUUCCGAUAAACCUACAAAAUCCUAAAAAUGCAAAAAACCCAAGGAUGGUGGGUUGGAUAAAUUACUUAAGCGUAAAUGUGUGAACUAAACUUUUGUUCACAUCAAUGUAUCGAUUCGAUACAUUGAUGAUGUUGGCGAUCUACAAAAAUAAUACAUAUAAGUACAAAUAGCUUAUAUCAAUUAUUGUCAUGGAAAAAUAUUGUUCCGUAUCUUAUAGAAAAUCGUCGAAAAUACACAAUACAUCCAUCCUAAUAUUUACCAGUUUAUACAAGUUUUAAAAAAGUAUCCGAAUAGAUACUUAAAUUAAAAUGAGAAGUAGGUGUAGAAAAAACUUUUAUUUUACAAAAAAGAAAAAUGUUUAAAGAAUAGAAUGGCAGAAAAAAGUCCUAAGUCUAUAAAAAUAAAAAGGGAAAUGUUUUGUAUUGUUUUUAAACGUUCGGACCUAACCAGUAUAGUACCUAUUUAAAAUCCACUGGGAUCCAAUUCAGAUACAGCCAUUGAUCAUCUUCAAUGUGUUAGUCAUGGGCUUCAGUUUAUGUGUCUACUUUAACAUUUUUACUAGGCAGGUAUGAAUUUAUCACUGUGGAUAGUUGCCAGUUUGCCAAUAGUUUUACUUUUCUCAUAGUUAUGGGCAAAUAAAGGGUAUUCGUAUUAUAUUAAAAUGAAAAAUAACAAUAACGAAUUGAAGACCGGGCGGUAGAAAAAACUGAUCGGGUUUCAGGGUAUAGUCUAUAAUAGUAAUAAUAGUGUAAUAUUAUUUUUGCGCACGAUAUUUAAAUUUUGAACAUAUCUGUUAACGGUCGAGUAUAAUAUUAUUACAGACAUUAUUAUUGGAAACACGCAUUUCCGUCGUUCCCCGGGACAAAAUGCACGAAAACAAAAUUAUGAACCAACAUAUAUGAUUAGAUACCUAUCAUAUUGUUGUAGAUAUAGCCGGUUUAGAUUUAACGGACUUUUAAAUUAUGGUAAUAGCUAUUAUAUUUGUUUAUUAUAAGGUACUAGCCUUGCAUAAAUAUGAACCUGUUUACCAAUGAUGAGUGAAAUGAUAUCGCUGUAUAGAAAAUUAUACUAAUUUUAGUUAACGACACUGUAGCCUAGUCGAUUUUCGCAAAAUCGGUUAAAAUUUGAAUUUAAACGUCAUAAUUUAUUUUAACUUAUUAAACAGUUAAUAUCAUGUCAAAAGAACGAAAUACCCAUAUGUGCUGUUUUCGUCUUACAGGCAUGAUAUGGAAAAUUUGCGUUCAGGAAGGACAUCUUUGUGCUUUUAGUUUUGAUAGACCUAUUAGAGUGAAUUAUCAAUUUUAACGAGAAAAGUACAUGGUCUGCACAACUAUAUCGGUUUGUUUCAAUAUUUUAAUUUUUAAGCGAGAUGUAAUGUACAUUUUUAAAUUUCAAAUUUUUUGAUUAUGAUAUUUCACAUAUUUAUAGAUCGUAUUCUCUGCAAUGCUUAAAAAUUAAAAUAUUGAAGAAAUAAAACGACUUAAUUGCACAGAUAAUAUUUUUAUAAUGGACCAAUUUACUCUAAUAUUAAAUUAACAGCACAAAGUUGUCUUUGCUGAACGCAAAUUCGUGAUCUUACGUUCGUUAGACGGAGAUAGCACGUGCGGACAUCAGGUCCUCUUAAUAUGCUGUAUGGUUUGUUCUACGGAGAAAAUCUGGGUCAUUGACGGACUUGGCAUCCGAAAUACCCGCAAUGCGGAGGGUGCCGAAGGUCCUAUGAUUCAGUGUUUGGAGGUAAACAUCAUUACCUACAUCGGUUUUUGAGAAUAAAUAAUAUGUUUGUAUUUUUCUUCUAAAAUAUUCUAUCCAUGUUAAAGUAAAAUAAUUAUUCAACGAUUAAUAAUUCUGUACAGAUUUUAUACGGACAGUUUUGGUUUUUUUUUUAUUUCAAACAGUUUUCUCAAUAAUUGGGAAAAACCCGAAAAAAACUUAUAAGACUAACAUUACAACAAAUAUACGGACAAAUAUUUACAACGUUAAUGAUUUUAUUAUUUUCAAUGUGUUUGAUCAAUUUUGUUUCAUAUCAUAAUUCUUGAUCCGAAUUUAUAUUUUAAAGUAUAUUUACUCGGUUAUCUCUAGUUGGUGGAUUAAAGAGGUUAUUUUUUGAUUUUCUAAGAGGCAUUAAAAAAUGUAUAACCGAACUUUGGCUCCAAAUCGUUUUUUCGUUAGCUAUGGUUUAUCACUGCUUACAGAUAUACAUUAAAUUUCCCCCUAUUAUCUUCCGAUACCUAUUUAUUAAUGAACUAUAUAAAUGUGCAUGUUUAUGCAUUUUAUAAUAUUGUUGAGUUUUUUUAUUGUUUUUCUGGAUAUAGAUACCUGUUCGUAAUUAAAUUAUGAUUUAUAUAAUAAUAAUAAUUACCUAUAUGAUUUUGUUUUAAUUCAUUAUGUUUAUUAUACUAUAUUUAAUGUAUCGUUUAUUCUGAUAAUAGAUACACUUAUUAAGUAGGUAAUUUUUUGGUAUUUUAGUUAAAUAUUAAAUUAAUAAUCAAUAUUGAAUUUAAUUUAAAGUACGUUUUUGAAUUGUAUACAUUUGAAUAUAUGAUUAUUGAAAAAUAAAGCUAAGUGUGUAAAUUAUUGAUUUCGUGCUUAACGUGUAUUACGUGAAUGGAUUUCAAGUUGAUGUUGAUUUUUAUUAUAUAGGUUUUGCGUCCUACAAAAAAAAAGUGUGAAAUGACGCUAAUACGGUAUAACCGAACUUCAUUUUUAAUCGUUUAUCCGUUGCUUAAUUAAAUAACUUUGUUAUAUCCUACCUUUGUUUUAGUCCUACCUUCUCAAUUUCCCGCCCACAACAGUUGCACACGCGUCCAUAGUAUCAGCUCUUUUUUUUGUUAUAAUUCGGUAAAAAUAAUCAUAGAAACCUGAAAUUUUCACAGAAUACUUAUAUUAGCCUUUUCCAGACAUGGUUAAAUUUGCAAUUUUCGUCCUAUUUAUAGACAUUUGAAAUUUUUAUUUUAAAACAUGAAAGUUUAGCAUAAUUUAGUAGUUUGUUUACAAUCAAUUUAAUAUCAAAUUUUGAUAAAAUCGUAAAAAUGAUGGAUGGCAUUUCAAAACAAGUACAAUUGAAUUUUACUCAUAAACGUUUUUUGUUAGCAAUGGUUUAUCGUUACGUAUAAAUAAAUUUUUGUAAUUUGUAUCAUAUUUUUCAUACUUCUCACCAAUAACUCAUCCCUAUGUUCCAGUAUUAUCUCCUUUUGUUUGUUUGUAGUGUAAGUCAUUCGUAUUUUUUGUGUUGUAAUAAUUGCUAACUAUUUAAAUUUGCCUUUUGUUUGUUAUUCACUUUUAGUUAGGUAUAUUAUAUUAUAUACAUUUUAUAAUUAAUACAUUUAUGUCAUGAAUUAAGGUGCUAUUAACAAAUUUCAAUCUUUCGUAUUUAAACAACUAUUAAAUUUAAAAUAUAUAUAUUAGAUAAUAUGUUUUCUUUUUUUUAAAUUAUAAUAUACAUGUAUAGAUACAGAGGUUUAAGAUUUUUUUUUGAUUUAAAUAAUUGAUUGAUUAAUUCAAUUCGAACGUGGGAUUCAAAUACUAUGCGUAAAAUAGAAAAUAUUCGAUCCACGUUACCCGUAUUGGUAGUAUGAUAUUGUAAUAUGUAAAAGUAUUCAUAAUGUGCAAAAUAAAAUUGGUAUUAUUAAAAAAAAUACCGUUUUCUAGUGAUAAUAAUAUUAUAAAAUAUAGUCCCACACUGUUAAUAUUUUUUUUAUUUCAAUAUAUCCGUAUCUCUUGUAGUUUUUUUAAAAUAUGGAACGGUGACUAUAAAUGAGUAAUGGUCAUCGUUUAAUUUUUUUUUUUCGAAAACUACAAUUUUAUUGUUUUAAUUCGUUUAAAAAAUAUGUAUUAUUACUUAUAUAUACUCACGAUAAAAUAAAAGGGAGAAAAAAAAACAAUGGAUUUGUAUACUUGAAUAUUUUAUUACACUACUUAAAUAUUUCACUACAUAUUUCGUAGUACAGAUUUGAUAUUUUGCUGAACAAAGGCUUUUCGUAGUAAAUUUAAAAAAAAAAAUAUAUAUAUAGUAAUAAUCACAAAAAACAAACGGGUAUACUUCACACGAUGGGCAGGCCACUGUUAUAGGUGAGAAGUUGGGAAGGUAGAGGGAAUGGAUAUCUGUACGCAAAUAUUAAUCAUUGCUAACGAAAAACGAUUCUGAGCAGAAGGCCAUAUGUACUAAAUAUAUUGAAAUUCACCUUCAAAUGAAUUUACAAGUAGUCUUAUGUCAUUACAACAAGUAUUUAUUGUGUAAUCCAGUAAUUAACAUUAAUGUUUACAGAGAAACCUUUUCGCGUGGCAAAAACUACUCGGGUUACAGACUUAUUAUUUAAAAAAAUGAAUUUGUAUAAUUAAAAAAAGAAAAGUGCACUAUGUAACGUUUGUUUUAGUUCUAUAUCAGUGGUUCAAAGCCGGCGGUGGGGGGUUAUUCCCCUUAGAGGGGAAUUUAUAUACUGCACGGGGGUUUCAUCAGUGAUGAUGAAAUAAUGAGAAUUUCGUUGUUAAAAUAAUUAUGCCAUUUUACAAUCAGUAAAAUUAAAAACAAAUUAAUUUUAGUUGCACAAUGUACAAUGUAAUAUAUGUAUUUUUUUUUUAAAUUUAUUUAAAUUUAAUUUAAAAAAAAAGGCCAUCUAAACUCUAAAUAAUCUAAUCUAAUUUAAGGAAUGGGGUGUGUGGCAUUUUUGAAAAUUUACUAGGGGGACGUAGAAUAAAAAAGGUCGAGAACCAUUGUUCUAUACCAUUACCAAGAAAAUAGUUAUUCAAAUUUGCAAAACUUAAAAUUAUCAAAUAUUAAAACGUGAAUAACUUUUUUUUAAUUUGAAGUAAUGGAAAAUUAAAAUCAAUCUUUUGAUCUCCUUGCUUUUGAUAAAAAAUACUACUAUUAAUAUAUUGUACAAUAGUACAAUUUUGAUUCUAAUAAACAUAUAUAUAUAUGAUUAAUGAAUAUUAAUUAUAAAUAUUAUAUACUUGGUAUUUUAUAUUUGAUUUGAUAUUAUUAUAUAAGAAAGCAUAGUAAUCAAAUAGGUAUCUAAUUAAAAAAAAAAAAAAAAUAUGUAGGUGAAUAUAUUUUUGAAAAUUUAAUUAAAAUAUACUUCAGGGUUUUCUAGAAAAACUAAACUUUCCUUAUAAAAUUAAUUAAAUUCACAUUUAAAAUACGGAUAAAUAGAAUCGUAAUGGCGUUUAUUGACUUGAUUGAAAGUAAAAUGGCUUCAUUUAUACUAGUUUUUGACUACAGAAUAUAUAGUAAUACGAAAGUAUACGAAAAUAAAAACUAUUUUAUUGAGAAAAUGAUUAAAGUUGUGAUUGUUGAAUGAAUUUGUCAACUAGUUCUUAAUAAAUAGUGAUUUUAUAACGCUUCGUUGUUAUUGUAUAGGUACCUUCGUCAAACAUACCUGUCAAAAAUUAUUUGCAGUUUAAAAUUAAAAUAAUGAUAACUGUAUGUCAAAAUGAAUAAAGACAGUUAAAGGAAAUUAUAAAAUCUCGUUUAUUCCAAUUUUCUAUUACUUCAAAUAUUUACUCCAUCCUUUAAAAUCAAUUUAUAUUCAAAUUUUAUUUUUCGAAGAAUCCAAAAAUGUUAUAUUGUGUAAACAUAAAAAAUUUUUCUUAAAGUACAAAAUCACGAUUGCCGUCUUGCUUUAUGCAGAAUUUGUCAACAUUUAAUUACAAUUUUAUUGAGUCUGAUGAUAACGGAUGAUUAUAUGCUAAUGGUUAUUUAGUUUCAAAGAAAGGCUUGAGUAGAAAUACAUUUAAGCGAGAGCAUAGCCCUUUAGACACGUACUUUUGAAUAGUCCACUGUAAGACAAUGUAGAAAAAAUGUGAUAAUAACAAAUUUUGUAUUAUAUUGCUUUUAGAUUCGGAGGGUAGCGUGGGAUCUAUUGGUUUUUCUAUAAUGUAUGAUUUUGUGUGUGUGUAUGUGUGUCCGUAAGCAUGCGCACGGGGGAAACGAGAGAGGCGGCUGCUUCUCCUGCGAAAUUUUCCGUCAAAAUAUUUUGAAAAACAUAUUAUCGUACAUUUUUUUUUUUUAAAAUACUUAACUCUAACGUAAUAAUCUUAACUUCGUGCAUUGACACAAACAGAGGAGUGCUUUAGAGAGGAUUUCAACCGUUCCUCCCCCCCAAAAAAACUCAACUAAGCCUCCUAAAAUAAAGUGCUCAUCAAGUAAAAUACUAAGUAUACAAAAUCACUACUAUAUUAACGGGAGCUUAAGCUCCCUUCCAAGAAUAUUUGAACUAUUCAUGCGUAUGAUUUUUAAGUAAGAUUUGGUUUUGAUGAUCGUUGCCUCCCCUGCUAAGAGGACCUGCGCACGCUUAUGUGUGUGUGUGUCUGUAAACAACUUUUUGAAAAAAAAUAUUGCUCUGAUUUAUAGAGUAUAGUAGUAUAGUACUUUUUCUGAAAGAUUGUUUAGUUGGUGCAUUAGAGACGUCAUUUUUUGAUAUUCCAAGGAGUUUUCGAAAUAAUUGAGAAAAUUAUGGGUAAAACGGUCAAUAUUUACAGCACACCGCAGCACGUGACAUUACCGAAUUCUCUGUUUUUAAUUUUUGUAACGUAUGUUCUCUACCAGAAAUAUUGUUCCAAUCGAAAAAUGAUGUGUGAUCGAUUUUGUUGAUUUUUUAAUACAGUUAUAGGUUUUCAAGAAAGUCGUUUGUUGAUUUUCUUUGUAAAUUUUUUUAAUAAUGAAGCAAAACCGAAAAAUAUUUAGAAUGAACGGGAAAAAUUUAUGAAAAUAAUUAUUUUAUUGUUUUAAAUAUUUUUUUUUAAAUUUAAUUCAGUUAAAAAUAUUCAUAGGGAAUAAAAUUUUGACUUAAAACUUAAAUUUGCUUUUUCUAGACGUGGUAACAUUUUUUAAAACAUUUGAGCCAUUUUAGUGCUAUUUACCAAUAUUUUAAUUUUGCGAGUUUUUACGUAAUUUUUGUUUGGUAGACAAAAUUGAAUUAAAACAGAACAGAACUAAAACUAAACAGACAUUUUUGAAAAUUUUGUAAGAAAUUAAGUCGUACUAAGUGGUAAAAAAAAUUUAAUGUAAUUUAUUUUUAUUAUUUUAUCAGUUUUAAAACCAAAUCUUACCAAAUAUUGUAAAUAUUACGGUUUUUCAAAACAUGUAUAAUCGACUUCACUCCGAAUCGUUUUUCGUUAGUAAUAGUUUAUCGUUCGUUACAGGUAUAAAUUUAACAACGUUUUGUAUCCUAACUUUCCACCAAAAAUAGUGGUCGCAUCCGUUCCUAGUAUCAGCUCUUUUUUUUUAUUAAAAAAAAAACACGGAUUAAAUUGCAUAGGUACAAUAUAUUUUUUAUACUUACCAAAGGGUUGCUCAUUUCAAGUUGGACACAUCAAUUAUUCCUUCUUUAUUAUCUGCAGUAUUAUACGUUACGACCCUCUCUAUGUUUUAAAUCGAUAAUACCGUUUAUAGUCAGGUAAUAUUAUUUGCAAGUAGGUUUUGUAUUUGUUCUUGGCCGGUUCAUAUAAUAAUCAUAAUUUUUACUUUAUACAUUUUUCUAAGUAAACAAUAUACAGCUAUAUUUAAUGCAUUUAUUUUGUACUUCAAGAAAUAUCCGAAAUUCGUUUCGACUUUAUAUUUAUAUAUUAUAUAAACGUAUAUUAUGGUAUACCUAAGUACCAGUAAGCUUGUAAAUUUAUAAUACUAGAAUGGGAUAACACGAAAAAUGGUCUCAAUGCAUUACUUUUGUUUUAAUAAUUUUGGGGAGAGUCUUUUUUUACUUCUUAUAAUCCCAUUCUACAUAUAACCGUUGAAAAGCCAUUAGAAAAGAAAAUAUAAUACUUAAAAUUAAGUGAUGUGUAUAUAUUAUACUCGAUACUGAUUAUAUUAAAAAAAAAAAAAAAAAAAUACUUAAAUAGAAUUUCGGAUUUGAAACUUUUACUACAUAUAGCCAUAAUUAAAAUUUAAAAUGACCGUAUUAAAAUCUCAAAAAAGUAAUUACACAUUAACAGCUUGCAGUUUUAGACAAAACAUAGUUUGUACAUAUUGUAAAAGAUUAUUUAUUAAAGACUAACAUUAACUUUUUAGUGUAAAAUAUUUUUGCCAAUUAAAUUUUAACUCUACAAAUGGAUUUCCGGGGAUCUGGUUAAUUAUCUGUAAAAAUAAUUACAAUUUUGAAGUAGAGUUUAAUGUUAUCGUAAAGAUAAAAUGUUUUUAGUUAAAAGUUUCAUUUAUUUUAAUAUCGUUGGCGUUCAUGUUGAUAAACGUAGUAGGUAUUGGUAGUCGUAUGAACUAUAUAGAUAUUCAUUAAAUUUCAUUUGCAUACUCAAGUUAUAUAAUUAUUAAAAAAUGUGUCGUUUUGGGAAUGUAUAAAUAUUAUUUUAAGUAGGAUUUUGUAUAAUUCAAGUUAUAUAUCGAAAACAAUUCGUAGAGAAGAGAAAAACAAGAUACGGUGGUGGGGACAACUGUAAAGUAUUUAUCUUGUUUCGCUCAAUUCACUAUUAACGCGACAAUUAUUAGAGUACCUAAUCAGAAAAUAACUUUGAGCGGAUCUUGGAAUUUAAAUUUGAAUAUUUCUCUAUUGUACCUAUAUUUGAAUAAUUAUUUCUAUAGCUUUUUGAGUGUUGUUUUUUUUUCGUCAACUAUUAUGAGAAAUUCGACGAAUUAUUUUUCUAAUGAUCAUUCGGUUUUAAUUUCCUAUCUGCAGAAUUAUGAAAAUAUAUUGCAUGAAAUUAAUGAUUAUUUACUGGCACAAAAAAAAAAAUUAAUUUUCCAAGAAUAUCUUAUCACUCUAAAACUAUAUUAUAAUAAUUUCCUUGCACUGCAAUUAUUAAAAUCUAAACUUUUAAUUUAUUUUCUAUUUUUACUAUUGUGUAAACUAAAAAUGUUAUUUUUAAGAUUAAUGGUAAAUUAUAUCAAAAAGUUUAAUUGCGUUAAUGUUUUGUUUCUAUUUAAAUGUUCAUCAUUAUUUGAUACUGUUCGUCUAAAAGUUUUAUAUAGAUACGUACCUAGUGAUAAUAUCGUUAAAAAUGUACAAUUUUGCUUUAAUUGCGAAUAUAAUGUAUGCACAAAAUAAAUCUCAUAUAUUUUUGUAUAAAGAACCAUAAUAUACUGUUUUAACUUCAUACAAUAAACACAAUUUUUAAAAUUGAGUUUACUUAAAUCAGUAUCAAUGUUUAAACCUAUAAACAUUUUGUAUUCUGCAAAUUGGAUUUUCAAUUAAUUGAAUCAUUCGAUAAUCGGCAUCGUUCAUUUAGGUAGGUAUACAUUCAAAGUAAAUUUGUUUUUAAUUUGUAUCCUUGCCUAACAUACAUAUAUAUUAAAAUUUUAAUUUUAAUUAAUUAUGUUUUAAUUAAAAUUAAAAAUGAAAUAGCAAUUAAAGCAAAUGAUGGUAAACCACAAAUGACAAAGUUGUGUACACAUUACUUUUUAUUCGUUUAAACUGAAAAAUAAAAUCCACUAGUUUCCUAACAAGUCUUUUGAGUCCUAUUGAUAUUUUUCAUUAGUUACCCUAUAUGGCUAAAUAUGACGUGAAUGCAAACUUUAGUUGUAUCGUUAUCACUAAUUUUUUCUGUUAACCAAUGAAAAUCUUAUUUUUAAUAGUCUAUUAAAAAUCUAUAACAAAAUUACAAUUUAGUGGCGUAAGUAUAAAUAAAUCAAGGAUUAAGGUAAGUUUCUAAAAUACAUAUAUUAAUUUUAACGUAAGUAUUCUCAGAUAUUUUAAGAAUAUUUGUUUAGCAAAUAUAAUACGUGCAAUAUGUAUUCUAGUAUAUUUAUUUCAAAUUCCAGUUACUGUUAUAAAGUUUUAACUAAUGUCUGUUAGUAGUCAAGUUCAAUCCAGAUUUAAGCUGUAUUAUAAACAACAUUAGGUACCUUUUUUCUCAGAAAACACUUUCCGAAACAAUGAAAGAUAUUAAAUGUUAAAAUACGAGAUUCUAAUAAAUGCGGCAAUAAUAACAAGUAUGGCUAAAUGCUAUGAUAAUAAACGGCGCCUAGUGCACCUUCACUGUCAAAAAAAAAAAAAAAAUCGAUUCUAAUUGUUUUUAUCUAUUGCUACAUCAAUAAACAUAGCGGGCAUAAUGCUGGCCUCUAUAGAAAUUAGAUUAUAUUAUAUAAAUAAUUGAUCUAGUCCUCUACGUGGAUUCCAAUGUUAAAAUGUUGAAUAUUCUAAUAAUAUAAUAUCUCUAUACAAUUUUUAAAAAUAUCUAAAAUAUUGUUACAUAUAUAUAUAUAUAUAUUUAUUUUGAAAAACAAAUCGAUAAUAAUAAUUAAAAAAAAAAAAAGCGUUGAAAUGUGUUAUGCCCAAUUGUCUCGCGUCAAAUUUACCGUAUCGAAAUGACGUAGACUUCUAGUUAUCGAAUCGUAUAACAGCGUAAACUGUUCGAUAAAAUGUUUGACUGUUACAGAAAUGACUUUUAUCGAUUCGACAAAUAGUCUCUUAUCGUAUCAAUAUGUUGGAGGCCCGACUUUGGUUUGAUAAAUAAUUAAAACAGUCCCAUAACUUUAUUGAACUUAUAAUAUAUUUGUUUUCAUGCUAGUCCACAAAAGUAUUGCUGUCUUACUCGCUCCAUCUCGACAUCGUGUUUCUUUUUCUAAGCACAGCUCAUUAUUUUAUGUCUAAAUAAUAUAUAUAUUAUAUAGACAUUAUACAUUAUGUAUAUGUCAUUAUGUAGAGUAUAGACUAUACCGCAGAUAUUGAUAAUAAACUAGAUUGUUAAGUGAUAUGGAGUGAAGUUAUUAUCCUUCAUUUUGUAUAGUUCAAAUCCGAAAUUCCAUCAAAAAAAUAAUAUGAGAUCAUUCAAUAGAUCAUCAUCACAAGUUUAAAUUAAUUAUACAGCAAUAAAUGAUUUAACAAUUGUUUAAUAAUAAAAUAAAUUUGUUACCUUCACCAAAAAAAAAAAAUAUUUAAACCAAGGAUUGGAUAUAUUCAUUAUAAUCAUUCAUUAUUAAUAUUGAAUAUUUGUACAAUAAUAAGGCGAUACCCCUACAGAUAUAUAACUAUACCUGAUGUCGUCUUACCAUUAUCAUUAUCAUUUAGUCUGCUAUAUGCCAAGGAAUAUUCUUUGUAAACAAAUCUUAUCUGUGUUUAUAUGCAAUUGAACAAUUAUUCUGAUAAUUUUCUACUGAAUACUGAUUGGUGAACAGUACCAUGGAUAUAUAUACUCUUAAGGACUGGCUAUUGCUCGACCAGUGUGAUUCACUUAUUGUCGCAAUAUUAAUAAUAAUUCGCUAAGUUUGCUACAGUGCGUGUGCCCUACUGCCGCUAAUGAAGAAGCGUAAACGAACAAGUAAUGAUUCUAAAUUUGCUAACUUGAAGUUGUCUUAUAUAAGUAUAAUUAAUUAUAUCAUGUUGUACAAUAAAUUACAGUUAUACAAUUAAUAUAUUUUCACUUAUUCAAAUAAAACGGGAGUAAUUAUUAUAAUCAAUUCUUUCUUAAAAAUAAAAUAUAAAUAUAUAUAAAUUAAAUAUAUUUUUUUUAGUGUGUAGCAAAAUAUGUUGAAUCUAAUAAUUAGUUAAAUAUGUAAUUAUUAAUAUCUAAAAUAAUUUAUCCAGACCAGGAUUAAAUGAACUAUUUUAUUAAUGUAGGCAUCAGGUAUGGUAUGAUAAAAUAAAGGUAAAUAUUAAUUAUCAGAAAAAACUAGUAGUUAUAUAAUUGAAAAAAAUGUCAACAAAACACAAACUAUCAUAUUGAAGCAUUAAUUAAUUUUUUUAUUCAAAACUAUAGGUACCAGAAAUUAAAAUUGUGAAAUUUAAUCAGAAAAUGCUGUUCUCAUUAGUAAUUGUUUUAUUUGAAACAGUUGUUAACCACACUUACUUAUUCUGCACCAGAAUAUAUCUUAAUUUGUGUGAAAAUAUAACAAUAGGUACGCAUAAAUUAAUAUAACAUGUUAUAACAUUAUGAAUGUAGUAAAAUAAAAAAAAUAAAAAUGUAUGUAGUAUGUACAAGGUUAAAUAAUGCCUAACUUUGAAACCUUUUUUUUAUUAUACCUACACACUUUUUUAAAUAUAAAUUGAAUAGUUAUUUCAGUUGGCUGUUUUUCUAUUUUAAUAGAGUAAUAGGAAAACAUAUUAUGAGCUGUUCUUCAAUAACUUGUCUACUCCAGCUUUUAGAAAUAACUACACCGUUAAUAUUUUCUUGAAUCAUAGAAAAUGACAAUAGUAGGGUAUUAUUUUGAACAGUCAUUAUAUUGUCUUGAUUAAUAAGAUUAUUUUUUUUUAAUAUUAUCAGAAUUUAUUCUCAAUAAAGGUGGUCUUCUAUAUUUUAAUGGUCUUGAUAGAUAUUUUGGGAACAUACAUGGCACUGCUUUCUCUUAAGUCGAGGAAUUUUAUAUGAUACUUGUUGGGGACAAACUAAUAAUAAAUGAAUUCAAAUAAAUUAUAGGUAAUACUUAUUAAUUUCUUAUUUAUCUAAUAAAAAUUUUAACAAUAUAAUUUAUUUUAACUAAUAUUUCAUCUAUUUGUGGGCUUUUUAAUAUAGGUUUUCAUUUAAAAAUCAAAAGUAGGUAAUGGCUUUACCUACAAAAAUAAGGGUGACUGUAAUAUUCUUAAAGUUUACACCCUUUAGAUGGAUAUCUAAUAAUAUUGAAUAAGUAGACAUUUAGACUAUAUUAUUAAAAGCUAUAGUUUUUUAUUAUGUGUUGUAUAACAUAAAAAUGAUAAUAAUAUAAAAUAGGGGAGCUAUUGGUUUUACAAUACUGUUUAUUUUUUUUUUUUUGUUCUAGUCUUUGGACGUUUUUUUUUUCUAGUAACUUACUCUGAUUUUUAUGUGUAUUAACUUUUCUGAAAGCUCAAGUUGUCUUUAUGGUACUUGAAUAAGAUAAUUUUUUGAUUUUCAACUCCAUUUUUUAAAUAAAAGCACUUAAGUAAAAAAAAACUCAGGAAAACGUACAAUUUUAUUUUAUUAUUUUAUAAAAACACAAGCGACGUUUUCUACCAGAAAAAUUAUUUAAUCGAAAAAUCACUAGAUACCUUUUUUGUUGCCUUUUUGAUUUACUUUCUUACGGUAUCAUCACCAAAAAAUUUGAGCCACUUUUGAGCUUUAAAGGAAUUUUAAUUUUUGGUAGUUUUUUUUACUGUAAUUCGAUUAUAAACACACUCAGAGACAUAAAAAUUUGGUAAUAAUACUUAUAUUGGACUUGCCUAGACGUAAAAUUUCCAAAAUCAUCGGACCAUUUAUUUUCUUAUAAGCGUUUGAAAUCAAAUUUAAUCGAAAAUAGCAAUAAAAAUUACAGCACUUCAAAUUAUAAUAUCGAACUGCUCUUCGAUUUGUCUUUCAUCAAGCAAUGGUUUAUCGUUGCUCACAGAUAUAAAUUAAAUAACCUUUUGUAUCUUACCUUCCCAACUUCUCACUUACAACAGUGAUCGCUUCCAUCCUCAGUAUCAGCUCUUUUUAUGUUUAUACUUCAUAAGAAAACAAAAUACAAUGUUGUUAUAACCUAAAAUGUUCAGUUUAAAAAAACUGUCCUAGGAUAAUGGGGACGGGUGCAGCUAUGGUUAUAAGUAAUUUAAUAUAUACCUAUAAAAAACGAUAAACCAUUGCUUACGAAAAAACGAAUCAAGGUACUAUAAACAUUAUCAACUGUCAAUUAUUGAUUUAGAAAUUAUUAAUAAUUGAUAAUGUACUAAGCUGGCUAUUGUAAAUUGGUUAUUAGUCCAAAAUGUAUCAAAAUAAAUUAUAAUUUAUUACUUGGGAGUUUUAGUUUUUUCCCGUUAUAUUAAUAUUAUAGGUAUGUAUAUUAUAUAUUUAUGUACAGAUUUUACUAGCGUUUGCCACUUACCAGAUAUGAGGUUGAGUAAAAAGGAAGUAGGUAUUACAGUCGUGUAAAAAUGUAGGUAUUACGCCGGGUAUCGAGUAUGGGCCGGUUAAAAAUUUAGUAUUUCGAUGGGUACCAGAUAAGGGCCGAAUCUUAAAUAUGAUAUUGAGUAAUUGCCGGGUAUCCGGAACAUCUCUAAUACACUACAUAUAAGCCAAUAUUUUUCAUAAAAAUUCGUACUACACAUAUUUUAUUGUACCAUGAUAUGAUACAGAGCUGUGGGGGCAAAGCCCCUCACAUCCUCUUUAACCAUCUUGGCUCUUCCAUAUGAAUGUAAUUUUUAUUACAAUAUCAACUUUCUUUCAUUCAUUUUUUUUAUUAUAAUUAAAUUGCACCUUAUUAUUACUGCUAUAAUUAUUUUAUAAAUUAAGAAAAUAUACUUAUGUUUGGUAUAAAUCGGAAAACUAUUUACAAAUUAUUUUAAUGUGGGAUAUAUAAUUUUAAAUUUAAUAGAUAUAUUUGAGUCCUCAUCAGCUGUUUUGCUUAAACUGACUUCCUAAAAAACACCUUCAUAGGUAUUUUCAAAUUCACAUUUAGUAUACCAUAACGUCAUAACAAUUAAUAUACCCUGUCAUUUAAUAACACAUUCUAUAAAUCUACCCAUUAAAAAAAUAUUUACAACUGAACUUUGUCUUGAUCGUUGAUUGGAUAAAAACAAGCAAAUUAUUUAUCAACUUGUAUUUGAUGCUUGUGAUAACAUAUCAGUAAUCAGCUACAGGGAACAGAUAAUGAUAAAUGAUGUAUAUUAUAUAAUGAGGAAAUUCCUUCACGAAUAAUUACGAUAGAUUUAUGUCCGGAAUUUUCACUUUUUACAAUAUUAAAAGUUAAGAAAUACAUAUCAUGUAAAAUGUAAAUGAUAAUAAUUUAUUACUGUUAUCAUAAAAAUAAUUAUUUUUUAAAAAUUUGUAUAGUGUAUAGAUACUACCUACUACUUGGUCAGUAGUCUUAUUUAUUAGUAUUUAGUAGGUACACACUUCUCGAAUCCGUAGUGCAUACUUCCAAUUUCGGACUUCACACUUUGUGUCGGGGUUCACUAAAAAAUAGGGACUGCUACAUAUAUCUACUUACAUAAUGUCUUCAAGUAUCGACUGAAUAUAUUUCUAUUUAUCAUUUGUUAAUUUUGAAAUUGUUUUUCAUUAGUAUUAAAACUUCAGGUGUUGUGUUUAUAAAAUAUAAUUUUAUAUUACAAAGUUUUAAUGAAUGUUCGUUAUUAAUUUAGUAGAAAUUCUCAUAGAUACUCGUAUAUGGCAAGCUGAUCAUGUUAUGAUUUAUAUUAUUAUCAACUUAAUACUUUAUUUAUAUUUCAUAAAUAUUGAGUAAUUCAUAACUUCAAGAAUUUGAAAAUGUUCAGUGCAUAAGUUUAAAAUGUCUGGAUCAAAACUUUAGUCCUUGCAUUUAAAACUUAUGGUUCAUUAAAAGUUCACCUUUAGAUUGUUGUUCAUUUUUAAUCAGCUGUAGCUACUUGUAUUAUAUUAUUUACAUUAUACAUAAUGUACGACUUCAACCUUGUAUGCAUAAUAUUAUCUACAUAACAUUCAAAUUUAAUGUAUUAAUAUUUAUGGUCUCCAUAAUUUUAAUAAUUUUAGAAGUUUGAAAUAGAUGUUUCAAAAAUUUAAAAAUUGCUCUCCUUCGAAGAAAACUAUACUUAAUAUAAGUUUUAUGUAUAAUCUUUAUAAAUAUGGUUAGGUAGGUACUUUAGGUAUCUACUUUAAUAAUAAAUUCUUGCAGCGCUGUAUACAUACAGAAUAUUUUCAGACAUCAGAGCAUCAGACAAAUUAUUAUUAUUAUAUUAUACAUUAUUAUUACUAAAAGCUUCUUCGCAGUCAAAAUAAUUUAUAAUUUUAUUGGUAGCUUGCUAUAAAUGACAACCUAGCAAUUAUUAGUCGAUUCUAUUUGAAUCGCAUCCCUUUUAUAAUAUAGUUAUGAGUGGAACUCAUGUAGUUUUCGUUCAUGUUACAUUGGUAGGUAGUCUGGACGGUUUUAAAUUAUAAAUUCCCUAAUCAGUUUAUGUGUAGACAACGCGUAGAAUUAAAAGGUUUCUUAAAAAUUAGAUCAAACUCGAUGGUGAUUAUAUUUUUGUAUACUACGCUAUUCUAAUUACUAUUGGCAUAUUAUUAAUUGCAUUACUUAGCAAACGGAAUUAGUAAAAAUGGUAUAUUAUUAAUAUUAUGCUAUAUUGUUUACUCAUAAAUAAAUACGCGGCCUUCGUAAUAUUAAAUAUUUCAGGUUUUUUAUUUUUAUUUAAAUGUAUUAUUUCGCUUCAUAUUGAUUGUAUUAAAGGCAUUGUAAUUCUUUUAGAUUCUGAGUGAAACGAGGAAUAUAUUGGUUUUACAAUAAUGUUUAUUAUUUUAUUUUUAUUUAUAUUCUUUUUUUAUGUGAACACUUUUUAUACCAGAAAACAUACUUCAAUUAUCAAGUAUAGCACCUUUUUUGAAAGAAAAUUUUCUCUGGGUGGUACUCUAGAGAGUUCAUUUUUUUAAAUUCUCAUUAAUAUUCGAGAUAAUAAGGAACACCUCAGUAUUUAGAUUAAAAAAGAUUGAAAGAUUAAAAAUAAGGUUAUCAUUGGCAACCAUUUUUAUUUAUUUUUUGUUAUAAUUAAGUGUUUAUUAUUUUAAUCUUUUUUAAAUAAUCAUUAUUGUCAUGGAAAUGCACACUGUUUUAAGCAUUUUACCAUAAUAUGACAUAAUACCAUAUAUUGUAUUGUUGACAAAGCAACAUUAUCAACUGAACUCGGUUCAGAAUCAUUUUUUCGUUAGCAAUGGUUCAUCGUUACUUAUAGAUUACAUUAAAUUCCCGUCUGUAGCAUACCUUCUCAACUUCCUACCUACAACAGUAGCUGCACCCAUGUGCGAAGUAUGUCCGUCCUUUUUUUUUUUCUAGUAUUAAUAACUGUAUAGGGAAUAUUUAAAACCGCAUUGAAUAUAUUAUCGUAGUAUGUAUGGUAUUCAUUUUAUUAAUCGUGUGACUAUAUUAUUUCGUGCCGUUGCUGUAUUAAAAUCCACUUUUAACCAAAUAAAUAUUUUAAUGCUCAGAGGAAAUAUAAUCGUAACGCAGUUAUGAACAUUGAAGUUGAAAUUUGAAAUACUGCACUUAAAUUACAUACUGCAGGUUAUCAGCAUCCAUAAUUGAUUUUGACGUCAUUCAUUAAACCCGAUAUUUUAUUCUAGAAAAUAACGCUUACGUAUAAUUAUUAUUAUUAGCUACCUAUAUACGACAUAAUUAUUUUCUAUAAUAUAUUCGUAAGAUUAUUCUGUAAUAGAAUUUUAAAUCGGAGUUAUUAUGAACCUAAAAUGUCUAUACUGUUAGAUAAUGUUAACUUAAUGUAGUUUAAAAUAUUUAUGGGUUUUGGUUAAUUUUACAACACGUGAGAAUAUAAUAUAAUAUCUAUUAUGUUUUAAAAUACGAGUAGUUAAAAAAUAAUAAAUUUACUGGAAAUGUGUGUUUUAUAUUAUUAUUAACAGAAAUAAUCAUCUAUCAUUUAGUGAGCUUAUCUACAUGCGUAGGAUACGUAUUAUAGAUUAGCGUAGAUAAUAUUUUUAUUAAAAUUGUAUUUAUAAGUAUAAUAAAUACAUACUAUAGAUACCCAAGUAGAUUUUCAAUGAGUAAAUAGGUACGAUUUAUGUUUAUUUUUACGAGGUAUUAAAUACUUUAUUUAUUUAAAUUUGAAAAUAAAAAUUAAAAAUAUAUACCUAGGUACUAAAUAACAUCUACUUAUUUGAUUAGCAUUUAAAAUGUUUACCAUUUAUUAUUUAAAUAUCAAGUAAAUACAAUAAUAUUAGUACAAAUAAAAAAAAAUCUCGAUUUAGAUGAGAAUCGAUUCAAUAUAAUUCAUAAUAUUAUAUAAAUGCGUUUACAGUGCUGGUUAAUUCAGUUUAUUAUCUAUUUUUAUGGAAUUAAAUUGUAAAUAUAUAUUAAUAUUUAUUUAUAUAUCUUGUUAAUUUUUUAGUCUGGACAUUUUAAAUAUAAGGUUUUACAGGUUUGAUGUAAAAAUAUUCAACAAUAUUUAAAAAUCACACUGAACGAUAAUGCACUAACUGUAUACAUGUUUUUUUGUAAGCAUUUCGUAGAACAGGUUAUAAUUUCAAAAUAAAGAAUUGAAAAUAGUUUUUAUAGUUAUUAAUUAUUUUAAUAUGUCUUAAAUGAUAUUUAUUUUAUUUAUUUAUUGUACCUAUAUCAAUUUAAUAUUAUUUAUUUUAAAAUACAUUUUUUUUUUCUAACUUAAGGUGUCAUAUUGUAUUAACUGAAUGUAAAAAAAAUAAAUCAAUAAAAUACCAAUAAUAAUAAUUGAAAACUUACUGGAAGUAUUUCAGUAUAAACCGUGAUGUUUUUUUCUUUUUGAAAUAUUAAAGAAAGCAUAUAGGUACCUAUUUUAAUACUAUUAAAAUGACUGUUCGUUGAGAUGUUUCGAAAUCGAAGUAUUGAAAUGAAAUUAGAUUAUGUCAGUCAAGAUGAUGUUUUAAAAUAUGACUGAUGAGAGUUCUAAAAAUAAUAUCGAUAAGUGUAUUAUGGGUUACCGUCCAAAAUUGCGUAGAAAUGUAAAAGCAUGUCUCUAAAAUAUCACAUUAUAUGUAUAUAUAGGUAUCUAAACUUACGUUUUUAAUUUUAGAAUAUUAAAAAUUAUAUAUUCUGAAUCUAUAUUAUAUAACAUAAUAAUAUUCGAGAAUUAAAAUGUAUAUUUACUUGCUUAUAGGUAUGUAUUAUAUACCUACUUAUUAUUAAUCAAUAAUCUUAUAAUAUGACGUAAUACGAUAGGUAUCAAUUUUUUUAUGAGUUGUUAUUUUUAGAAAAUAAACAGUAAUACUGAUCCAAUAUCAUAGUGGAGGAAAUUAAUAAACAAAUAACGAACUUCAAAAUAAAAAUGACCACUGCAGCAGUGGUAAACGAGAGAGAUAUUAAUCGGACAUUCCACCGAUCCAUGCAGGCUACUGCAUAUGCUGACGUACAACUUACGCUGUAUAUUGGAGUGGGUAGAUUAAUAAUGUAGUAUUGCAAUGUUACAAUUAAAUAUACUAAAACGACAGAACACAGCUUAUAUAAUAUACGAAUAUUCUGCGGUCGGCAAUGUCUUUUCGUUGUAUGUAGUUAGUAGUGGCCAGUGGGUAUAAAAAAUAAAUGAACUUAUUCACGAAAUUAUAAUGUCAUAAGAUUUGUCAAGGCUGUUCGAAAUAUGUGUGGUGUAAUUAGGUUUAGCCCAAUAAUCUGUACAGAAUAAAAUUAAACAAUUAAUUUUUUAUUUGAAAAAUAUAUAUACAUUACACGUGUAUAUGUAUGUGUAAUAUAUAUUAUACGUACAUAAGGGAUUAAAAACAAGUAACAAUUGAAUUAUUUAUAAUUGAGGAAAUCAAAAGUAUAUUAUAUAUUAAAGAUCGCAUUUUAAAUUCUGUGCAUAAAUUCUAUGAAAUAUUUUUACUAUAUUAACCCUGCGACUUAAUUUGAAUAUAUAAGUGGUGAUAACUGUCUAUGCAAGGAACUCCGAGGUACCUAAGAAAAUUUCCGUUCAUUACGGAUUUCCGUUUUACAGAAGUAAAAUACGCGUGAAAUUCAAUUUCGGGACCGCGUUCGAAUUUCCGUUUUUAAACAAUGUUUCUGUCCUAUCAAUAGUUCCUUCUUAGACAGGUUUUACUGCAGUAAAUACAAUCGUAUUAUUUUCUUAUUGUUUAAAUGGGUAAUCACAGAAUCCAUAUUAUAAUAUUUGAUUUUCAAUUUAUUUAUUUGCUUUGUAAAUUAGUUGUUACCCAUCAACAUAAUAUCACUUAAUAUUUUGUUUUAAGAUUAAAAAAAAAUAAUAAUAAUAAUUAUCAGUAAAUCACUGUUAUGAGCAAAUUAAUAAUACGUCGACUAUCUAAACUUUAAAUAUCUUAAAACUUGUAAGUGAUGUCGCGAACAUCAAAAAUAACACAUUAUCGGAAAAACCAAUGUUUUAAUAUUAAGUUUACUGUCUGAGUAAACUGAAAAAAUUAUAAAUUAUUUUCUAUUGGAACAUAUUUAUUAACGGUUAGCGACUUGCCGUUAGACAAUUUUUUUUUCUUACAUUGUAAUAGUAAGUAUCGGUAUUUUCGAUAAAUAUUUUUAAUUAUUAAAAAAUAUAAAUCCCUUAGGUAAAAUGAUGGAAAUAUAAAUAUAACUGCGCAGUAGCACUGUACGUACUUUAAUUAUGUAUUAUGUAUAGAAAUAUUUUAUCUCGUGCAGUUUUUUUUUAAAAUUUAUUUUGUAAUUUUUUUAUAUAAGUACCUACAAACAAAUCUGAUAAAAAUGAAUAAAACCGUCUUUUUAAUUUUAAUAAAAUGUCUUUUGCAAGUAUUUCCUUUAUCCAGUCGUGUACGCAUUCAUCAGGUUUCAAAAUCGAACAAACCUAUUCACUCGCGGUUUUCCCACUGUUUCGAUGCCCAUUAUGAAUAAUUUUAUAAAUUAUAUCAAUAAUAAGAAAACACUUUAGAAAUAUUAUUCAAUACAUAUUUUUUAUUUUUGUAUAGUUGAAUGCCAAUUUUUUUUUUUAUUAAGAGGUUAACACUAUAAUUAUUUACCUAGCCUUAUAUAUUUAUUAUCUGUCAAAUAAUAUAACAGCUUUUAACAAGAAAAAACUAAUUUUUAUUUUUUGCUUGUUAUAUUAUUUUUUAAUAUAGUAUAGAAAUACAAUUACUAGUAAAAGUAAUAAAAUAUAUAUAAUAUAUCAAUAUUAGUUACAGUGUAAAUAGUGUAAUAUAAAAUAUCUGAUUUAUAUCAAUACAUAUUUUAUUUAUUACAAUUUUUCUUUUUAGGUACAUUUAGAACCACAAGGAAAAUUGCAUCUUCGAAUAGAUUUAAAAUGGAAUUCAAAAGGUAAAAUUAUUAAUUUCAACUCAAAUUUGUAUUAUUUAUGUAUUAUAUUUAUGAUUAUUAGAGCAUUAAUUUAGUUUUUAAAAAUUGAAAUAUAUAUCUUGUCAUUUUUUUUAAUAUAAAUGUAACAGACUUACCUUCUCGGCCAUCGGAAUUCAAGGAACGACAAGGGUUAUUAAAUCGAAGACGUGGUGCCAUGAGAAGAAGAGUCCAUCAAGUAAACGGACAUAAAUUUAUGGCAACAUUUCUCAGGCAACCAACAUUUUGUUCACAUUGCAGAAAUUUUAUAUGGUAAGUAGCUAUUGUUUAAUAGAAAUAAAAAAUUAACUAAAAGUAAAAAAAUGUAACACUGGGUUUAUUAUAUGUUGUAGGUAGGUACCUAGUGUUAAAAUUAAGAUUUUGCUGAUGAGUGGGUUACUGAUCGCUAUUGUUAGUGAGAAGUUAGGAUACAUAAAGUUAUUUAAUUAAUAUCUGUAAACAACUAUAAGUCAUUGCUAACGAAAAACGAUUUUGAGGGAAGUUCUGUCAUAUGUAUUUUAAAAAGCAAGAUUUUUAUGAAUUUCGUUAAAAAUAAAUCUUAAACUAAUAAAAAUAAAAAUAAAUACAUUACACAAUUUUUUUGGCCACUAAGUUCAACUUAUAAUGAACCUCGUGUAUUUUCUAGCAUUCCAGGUUUUUAGGGAAAACCAAUACAUUCCUCACAACACUCAGAAUUUUAUAUGUAUUUGCAGUCGCCAUAGUUAGGCUACAAAAAUUAGUCAGAAAAAAAAAGAGCUGAUACUACUGAUGGAUGCACUACUGUAGUUGUUGGUGGGAAAUUGAGAAGGUAGAAUACAUAAAAUUAUUUAUUUAAUAUUUGUAAGCAUUGAUAAACCAGUGCUAAUGAAAUAUGAUUCUAAUUUUUAAGUUAAAUUAUCCUUGUUUGGUGUGUUUUGAAAUUUCCUUAUCUUUACCAUUUUCAUCAAAAUUUGAUUUUGUAUAAAACAUAUAGUGUACAAAUUUAAAAUAAAAAAAUCAUAAUGCCAUAAAUUAGUCAGUUUUCAUUUUCCAUUUUUUUUCAGUUUUCCCAAUUACUAUGAAACCUGUUUGAAAAUCAAAAAAAUACUAACCAACUUACUUACUUACUUACUAACUAGAUUACAAAUGCAAUAAAAAAUGUUUUAUCAAUUUUUGGUGCAGUACUUAAAAGUGACCAUAACAGUAAUACUUAUUAUAGUUAAAAUAUUCAUUAAGAUUUCAAAAAACAUUUCUAGCUGUAAAUUUAGUCUUGAUUUUAAAAUAGUUUUUGUAUUAUAUACAAUUCAAUCAUAUGUUGGAAUUGUUGUUUACAAUAUGUUUAUAUUCAAUAUUAUUUAGGACUGAAGUCUGUAAGUGUGUUUAUUAAAUAGGUACAUAUUUUUGUAUUUUUAACAAAGAGCACUUAAGUUUAUUUAAAAUUUUAAAAUAUUUUGAAGUAUUUUGAAGGUAAUUUAUUAUGAUAGUUACAAUUUAUUUUAAUACUAAAAAUGUUACUUUCAUAAUUUAUUUGAUGUACUUGACAGAUCAUGGCAAUAUUAAUAGUUAUUUUUUUUUCAACCAAAAUAUAAUGGCUACCUACAUGUAUUUCUAAUAAUAAAAAAAAAAUAAAUAAAUAAAUAAAUAAUGACUAACUUGUUAUGCAAGUCAAGUCAAGAAAAUUACAGAGGAAGUUCUGGGGUUUCAAGGAAAAUGACAUAUAAAUAAAUGGUUUAAUGAAGAAUGUAGGACUGCCAUGAUAGAAAGAGACAAUGCAAGAACAAUAAUGCUAAGAGAUCCAAGUGAAGCCAAUAAAUGAGACUUAGCCUUAAAACAAAGAAAAGCAAAUCAGUCAGAUAGUCAGGAAAAACAAAAGAAUAUGGGAGAAAGCCAGAAUAGAAACCAUCGAAAAUAGCUACAAAAAUAAUACAAAAUUAUUCUUUGAAAAGGCAAACAAGGUGAAAAAUGGAUUUAAACCAAGAUCAACAAUGAUGAAAGAUGAUGAGGGAAUUUUAAUUAUCGAUAAAGAAGAAGUGACAAAAGAAUUCAAAAAGGUUUUCAAGAAAAUGUUGAGUGUGUCAGCCCAAACAGAAAGGAGUGGUAAUAAUUUAGUCACAGUAGAGCAAUACCUAGAAGAACCCUCAUUGGAAAAGAUUAAAACUGCGGUCGAAAUGCUAUAUGGAGGAAAGGCACCUGGAGAAGACUCAAUAAUGUCAGAACUCUUAAUGAAAGGAGGAAGUACUUUAAUGAUGAACCUAAAACAGCUGAUAAAUAAAAUAUGGAUAGAAGAAACAAUACCAAAAUCAUGGCAGGUCUCAAUACUGUAUCCAAUAUAUAAAAAAGGACAUGUAAUGGACUGCAAAAACUAUAGGGGUGUAUCCCUACUUAAUACAUCAUAUUAAAGUUAAACAUAAUUUUAAAUAUGCUAAAACCGUAUACUAAAGAGAUAGUAGGAGAAUACCAAGCAGGUUUUAUAGCUGGAAAAUCCACCUCUGACCAAAUUCAUAUUAUCAAACAAAUAACGAAAGAGUCAAGAAUGUACCUGCUAUUUGUAAACUUUAAAUAAGCCUGCGACUCGAUAGUAAGAAGUAAGCUAUGGAACAUAAUGACCAACUAAGAAUACCAGCAAAACUCGUUAGGAUGGUGAAAGCAUGUAUGUUAAACUCAAGGUGCAAAGUGAAGUUCAACUCAGUAAUCUCAGAGUUAACAGUAAAUACAGGGGUGAGGCAGGGUGAUGCUCUGUCCCCGGUCUUAUUUAACAUUGCCUUCGAAUCAAUAGUUAAAAGAAUACUGCAAAGCGGAUGUUGAUAACCUGCAGUAUGUAAUUUAAGUGCAGUAUUUCAAAUUUCAACUUCAAUGUUCAUAACUGCGUUACGAUUAUAUUUCCUCUGAGCAUUAAAAUAUUUAUUUGGUUAAAAGUGGAUUUUAAUACAGCAACGGCACGAAAUAAUAUAGUCACACGAUUAAUAAAAUGAAUACCAUACAUACUACGAUAAUAUAUUCAAUGCGGUUUUAAAUAUUCCCUAUACAGUUAUUAAUACUAGAAAAAAAAAAAGGACGGACAUACUUCGCACAUGGGUGCAGCUACUGUUGUAGGUAGGAAGUUGAGAAGGUAUGCUACAGACGGGAAUUUAAUGUAAUCUAUNUAUGGUAAAAUGCUUAAAACAGUGUGCAUUUCCAUGACAAUAAUGAUUAUUUAAAAAAGAUUAAAAUAAUAAACACUUAAUUAUAACAAAAAAUAAAUAAAAAUGGUUGCCAAUGAUAACCUUAUUUUUAAUCUUUCAAUCUUUUUUAAUCUAAAUACUGAGGUGUUCCUUAUUAUCUCGAAUAUUAAUGAGAAUUUAAAAAAAUGAACUCUCUAGAGUACCACCCAGAGAAAAUUUUCUUUCAAAAAAGGUGCUAUACUUGAUAAUUGAAGUAUGUUUUCUGGUAUAAAAAGUGUUCACAUAAAAAAAGAAUAUAAAUAAAAAUAAAAUAAUAAACAUUAUUGUAAAACCAAUACAUUUUUCCUUCCAUAUAACAUAUAACAUAAUAUAUAAUAUACAUAUAACAUAUAAUAUAAACAUAUAAACAUGUAGAAUAAAGAUUUGCAAUUGUAUAUAAUAUGAUAUUAAAUACAAUUACAUUACUAAUGUAUAUAACAUUAUUAGAUAUUUUAACCUUACAAAUAUUAAUCAUUAGGUUUCCUAUACAUUGUAUUUUAUAUAGGAUUCUAGGAGACUGUUUAAAAUAUGGUGUCUAAUUUUUUAAUUUAUACUUGAUUUACUUGUGUUAAGUUAUUAUGGAAACUCUAAAGAAUAUUUACUAAAUAUUAUAUCAGUCCCCAAAGCAUUUUUUUGUUUGUUUUUUAAAUAUAAUAAAUAAAUAUAUAAAUAAAAAAUGUAUUUAUAAAAAUAAAAAUGCAUUACCUGGUGUAUUAUUAUGCAUUUAUUUAUUUUUAUAUUUGUAUAUCAAAUUUUUAUUUAUAUAUUUAUUAACAGUUUUAAUAAUUUUGUCUUUACUUUAUUAUUUUAUUGUUUCUAAAUUGUUUAUUGCAUUAUUAUUAUUUUUAAUUAUAGACAUUUUUCUUAAUUGUUUUGUAUUUUUUUUUUUACUUAAACUUUUAUGGGUCUACAUCAAAAAUCAUUUGAUUACAGUUGCUGUUUAUUAUUUUCAUAGUGUAUGUACUAUACAAAGUUAGUUAAUUAGACUUCUGAUUAUACUCCUGUACAUGUAUAAAAUAUUUAUCAGUUUUCCUUCUUUUGUACUAAGCGUAUUAUACAUCGCAGUAUAUGAUUAUAAUAUUAUAUAGACAGGAAAUAAAUUUUUUCCAAAUAUUGAUAAAAGUUUGAAAAAAAUAAAAAUAAAAAUAACAAGAAGACAGUGGACCUGCAGUUUGAUUAUUUAAUUUUUUAAUGCGUUAUUUAUUUGGUUUAAUAACUUUGAAUUAUUAACACAGAAUUGAUAGAUUUAAGUAGGUUAGGUAAAAUCAUUAUUGUUUCAUCAAUAAAUAAUAAAUAAUUAGAUAGAUUCUGAAAUAAAUCACAGAUGUCACAGUAAACAAUUUUAUACAGUAUUUGAUUAAUUUUAAAUUUUUAACAGAUAAUUUUUUUAUUUAUAGGAAUUUGUUGAGGACAUUAAAAUUGAUAAUGGUUUAUUAUUCACUUUGUUAUACAUUAGUAUGGUAAAGAAAUCAGUCAAUGUAAACAAAAUAUACACAACUUUAAUUAGUGAAUACAAAUAAUUUUUGCAUUGUUUAAUUUGAAUACAAAUAUCAGUUUAAAAUAACUAUUCUUUAAAAUUAAUUCUAUUUUAUUUUAUUUUUUCUAGGGGAUUUGGUAAACAAGGCUACCAGUGUCAAGGUAAUAUACAAUAUCUAUUUCAGACAGUACCUAAUACAGUAAUACUAUAAAUAAUAAAGAUUAAUAAUUAUUGAUCAAAAUACUAGUGAUAUCAGAAAUAUUUUUCAAAACUUUUUUGUCACUAAUUUAACUCAUUUUUUAGUUUCACAAAUUCAUGAAUUAAUUUAAUUUAAGUUUAAUAAAUGGAUGAAAUAAUAUAAUGUAUCGGUUCGUAUAAUUUUUGUGGGGAGGGUUAGGUUAGGAAAGUGUAGCAGUAGAGCCAUAACAAAUUUAUAUAAUUUUACAUAUUAAUAAACAAUAUUAUUUCUUAAAAAAUCUUACAUCUAGGUACAUACCUAAAACUGUUUCCAAAGAUUUUUAGUACUAUUUCACAAUUUUAAGAAGUGUAAACCUAUAACUUAGUCCAUGAAAAACCAUGAUGGAUUGAGAUAAAGCAGAAAGGAAAAGUAAAAGUAUUUAAAAUGUGCCAAAUGUUGAGUAGUUUUACAGAAAAAUAAAUUACAAUAAAACUAGUCCGGAUAGUAUUUAUUAAUACACCAACAAAUAAUAAUCCUAGAGGCUUUAAAAUUGUUUAGAACAUGAAUUUAUUCAAACACAGCUUAUAUAUACAAAAUUUUUAAACUUUAAAUAGUUUUAAUAAAACUUGUUGAAAUUAUUUUAAUACAAUAUUUUAAUAAAAUUAAAUUCUAUACUUAAAAUACUUAAAGAAACUUAAUUCUAAUAUAAUAAAUAUAGUAUUAUAUUUGAUGUCAUCCUUAAUUGUUUUCUAAUUUAUUGAUUUUUAAUUUAUAAUUUAAUAGAUAUAUUAAAAAGAUAUGCAUAUUUUAAAAUUAUGUGUAUGCAUUGUUAAAAUUAGUUUUCCGUAUUUACCAAAUGGUAGUUAUUGUUAAAAACUUACUUUCUUUUUUUUUAUUUAUAGUUAUGUUGUUAUGUUAUUAUGUCAUACUAUUGGAUUAAUAGUAUUAAAUAUAUAUUUUUUUCAAUCAUUUUACCUACACGUUUUUGUAUUUACAAUGAAUUAUAAAUUCAAGUUCAUUUGAACAAACUGUAGCAUCUUUAAACAGUGGCAUUCUGAGAGGAUUCAUCAUGGUGUGGAGGGGGAGGGUGUACAGUGUAAUUGUAGUCACUGUGUGUUCUUAAUUAUGAGAUCUUAAAAAUCUUAAGAAUUCUUAAUAAUUUGUAUUGUCUUUGAUUUCGACUACAAUUACCAUUAUAGAUGUCGAAUACCAUAGAGUAAUAAAACUUUGAAUUACGAAAUUGAUGCUAUUUAUAUAAUUCUAUAAAAGCUAAUAGAUAUUAUAUGAAUUUAUGACUAUUCCAUAAUUUUUUUUCUUGUUAUCAUUUUAGGAAAACGUUUUGGUACUUAUAUUUAUUAGUUAUAAAGAUGCAUUAAUAAAACCAUCACCUCAGUCAAUGGAGGAGGAGGGGGAUGGCGUGAACACGGCCCUUGUAUCUAAAGACAAAUAUAAACAAAAUUAAUUAAAAAUCAAGAUAUUUUAUUAUUAUCAAUUAUUAAUUGAAUCAAUGAAUUUUUAGAAACAUUAAUGCCCAUUUAAUAUAAACCUAUGUCCUAUACAUAGGCAGGUUGGCUAUAUAUUAUAGUUAUUUAAAUACAUUUUUUUUUAAAAAAAAAAGUUAUUUUGAUAUAAAAAAAGAGGUUAAAAGUUACAGAAAUAGGCUAUUUUUUUAAAGUAAAAAAAAUAUCACAUAAAAUAUAACAACUUAAUAUUCUUUCUACUAAUUUAAUCAUCUGGCAUAGUGUCAACAAAAUCUGUCAUAGUUAACUGAAAAUGUGUUUACAGUUUGUACUUGUGUUGUCCACAAACGAUGCCAUAUGGAAGUAGUUACAAUCUGUCCAGGAUUUGUAAAAAAAGAGGUUUGUUGAAUUUUAUUUAUUUGAAUUAUCUUCAUCAAUAUGGUUAGUUGAAAUGCAUAAAAUGUUUUCUGUAAUAUGUGUAUAUACUUAUUGAUUUUAUAGUUAAGUCAAGAAAAUCAAUCUCAACGAUUCAGUGUCAAUAUUCCUCAUAGAUUCAAACCACAUACAUACAAAAUAUUUACAUUUUGUGAUCAUUGUGGCUCUCUACUUUAUGGAAUUUAUAAACAAGGCCUACAAUGUGAAGGUUUUAAAUUUAUUCUCAAUUCAAUUAAUUAAAUAUAAUAAUUAUUGAACAGUUUAAAUGAAAAAACUACAAAAUUAAUAUGAUUUGGAAAUGUAUUUGUUAUAGUGUGUACAUUGAAUGUGCAUAGACGAUGUGUAAAAAAUGUUGCAAACAACUGUGGUAUUAAUCCACGAGAAAUGGCGGAUACAUUACGUAGUUGUGGUUUAAAUCUUAGCAAAAACGUUGUAAGAUAUUUAUAUUAUUUUAUACAAAUUAUUAAUAAUAUUAAUUAAAUUUAUUUUAAAUAUUAUGUAAUAUAAUAGUAGUUUAUUAUUUUUAAAUAACAUUUUUUUUUUUUUGGUAAUUUUAAUUAAUCAUCAUAGGACCAGGCUAGUGGAAAUGGAAGUUUUAGUGUGAGCAGUAUUACAGCAAGUGGAGGUUUGCAUCGUGAUCUCAGUCAACAAUCAACGUCAAACAAUGCAGUUGUCAGUGUUGUCAAAAAUGAUAAACAUUCCUCAAAUGAUAAACGAAAUAAUGAUAAAAUAGCCAAAUGUAAAAUAUUUGAACAUAUUAUAAUACCUACUUAAUACUUAUACCAUUAUAUUAUAAAUACCUGUAAUAUGCAUGUACCAUUAUUUUUAUUUAUAGUGAAUCAAAGUAUGAGCUGUUUUAAUCUGAGUAAUCGAAAAAUGAGUGCAACAGAUUUUAAUUUCAUAAAAGUUUUGGGAAAGGGAAGUUUUGGCAAAGUUAUGUUAGCUGAAAAACGAGGCACUGAUGAAGUUUAUGCUGUUAAAGUAUGAUAUGUUAUUUAUUUUCAUAGGAUAAUAAUUUAAAAAUUUGUUAUCAUUUAGGUGUUAAAGAAAGAUGUAAUUGUCCAAGAUGAUGAUGUUGAUUGUACCAUGACUGAAAAACGUAUUUUGGCACUUGCUGCUAAACAUCCAUUUUUAACUGCUUUACAUUCUUGUUUUCAAACUAAAGUACAUCUAUUUGAAUUAUUUUUAAAAUUUUUAUUUAGUACUCAUUUUAUAUUAAUGUAUUGUUAGGAUCGACUAUUUUUUGUUAUGGAAUACGUAAAUGGUGGGGAUUUGAUGUUUCAAAUACAAAGAGCUAGAAAGUUUGAUGAACCACGUGCUAGAUUUUAUGCUGCAGAAGUUACACUUGCUUUGCAGUUUCUCCAUCGACAUGGUGUAGUUUAUAGGUGAAUAUUUUUUAAAUGCUAUUUAAUACAUUACUAUUACAAAAUUUAAAGAAUAACAUGUAUCAUAAUUUAUUGUUUUAUUCAAUUAUGAAUCUAUACAUUUGUGUGUACAUGUAUUUUUAUUAACUUGAAGAAUUGUAUGCUUGCUACUUAUCUAAUUUUUUUAAGUAAAACUGUUUUAAGUUAUUCAUAAUAAAAUUUUAAUAUGUAUUUAUUUAAUUGUCUAAUUUCUAUUAAUAUUGUCUACAGGGAUUUAAAAUUAGACAACAUAUUAUUAGACAAUGAGGGACAUUGUAAGCUUGCUGAUUUUGGAAUGUGUAAAGAAGGUAUAAUUGAUGGAGUUACGACUACUACUUUUUGUGGAACCCCUGACUAUAUUGCUCCAGAAGUAAGAAAACAUUAAAUUGUUAUAAUUAUUUCAUUGCAAUUAAUUAUCUUCAAGAAUACAAAAUAACUAAUAAUAUAUUCUUUGGAUUGAGUUUGUGUGUUAAUUAAAGUUCUGGUUGUUUACCUGUAUUAUGAAAAUCUGUUUGUUAAAAUUUAUAUCCAAAUUGAAGAAAUAAUGUUUUUUUCUAUUAAUUAUGUUUUUAAUUAACUUUAAAUUUGUAUAAAUUACAUGAUAAAAGAACAUAGCGAUUUAAAAUAAUAAUUUGAUUAAAACUUUAAUUAUAAUAAGAAUUAUUUAUAUUAAAAGAAAAGAUGUGUAUGUAAUAUAUUGUUAUAUAGUCAUAGGUAACAAAUGAAAAUGAUCAAUUGUUUCAUUACUUUGAUUUUGAAUUCAAUUUAAAUAAUGCUUGAAUAUAAUUUUUAUUUUUACUAUAUUUAAUUAAACAGAUUCUUCAAGAAUUACAUUAUGGUGCAAGUGUUGAUUGGUGGGCCUUAGGUGUACUAAUGUAUGAAAUGAUGGCUGGUCAGCCCCCAUUUGAGGCUGAUAAUGAAGAUGACUUAUUUGAGUCAAUAUUACAUGAUGAUGUACUUUAUCCAGUUUGGCUCAGCAAAGAAGCAGUAUCUAUUUUGAAAGGGGUAUAUAUAUAUAUAUAUAUAUAUAUUUAUAUAUUCUAUAAAAUAAAAGUUUUAGGAUAUAGUUCUGACCAGUGUUGUUCUGGCUCAUGAUUGGGCCCCCAAUCAUAUUUUCAAUGGGCUCCUAAACAACAAAUUAUAGUAUUCAAAGUCAAUAACUAUCAACUAAAAAAAACAAUUUUCUCACUUUGUUUGUAUUCUCCUAGAAAUGUUAAUAAUUAGAUUUAAUACAAAAAUUACAUUGUUAUACAUUUAAAUUUUAUUCUUUAGCGAAACCACAUGUAUGUAUUAAAUAUGUUACAUUAAUUUACUAAAUUCGGUUGAAAUACUGAACGGGUGUAUAUCACAUCAAUGCUCAUAUAAACCAUAUAUCAAGUUAAGUUAAUCAUCAAGUUAAUUUAGUUUCCAAUGUAUAAAUAUCACAAUUAGGGUCAAAUUUCAAAAUAUGUUAAUUAUUUGGUAAAAUUUAUUUAUUUUUUUCAACUUUAUUAACUGUAUAAAAUAAAUUACACAUAAAGUACAUAACAUAGACUUUUUAUAUUAAUAAUCAUAACAUUAUAAGAAUUUUAAUAUCAAAUUUAAUUUUGACGAAAAUCAUUUUAGUAAAAAUAAUUUUUAGUUACUGGUCCAUUCAAAUUGUUUUAAUAAAUAUUUAUUUUACUAUAAUAUGACAUAUAUAUUGCUGAAAGAGCAAUACUAUUAACCCAGCCCAGCUCAGAUUGGUAUUUUAUUAGCAAUUUUUAAUUGUUGCAUACAGAUAUAUAUUAAAUUUUCCUCUAUACCUUUCCAACUUCUCAUUUAUAACAGUGGCCUACCUAUUGUAUGAAGUAUUUCCGUUUUUUUACACAAAUAUAUUAAAAAAUAAUUAAUAUGAUUUCUGCUAUUGGCAUGAUCCCAUGGGGCCUUUAUUUUAAGAAUAAAUCUCAGGGGUAUGCAGGUGGGCCAAACCAACACUGGUUCUGAAAAUUGUUUUAAAUGUAUUCUAAAUUUUUAUUUUAGGCUUUAUAUUUUAUAAUUUCUAAAAUUAUUUUUAUGAUUAAGUAUAAAAAAACAAUUAUGUUUUCAAUCAAAAUACUUUAUAUCUACUUGUUUUUAAUAAUUGAAAAUAUUAUUUAACUGAACAAGAAUAGAUUUGAAUUCAAAGCUAAUAUAUAAUUAUUUAGGAAUAUUUGGCUUUAAUAAUACAUUUUAUAAUGUAUAGCUUUUAAAUUAUUAGUAUAAAAAAAAAUAUUAAAAAUAUUUUGUUUCAAAGAAUUUAAUUGGACUGCAGAUUAUGAUAGUAUAUGACUAUUGUAUAAAAUAAAAAAGAUGCUUGGUUAUCUCGUUUACUAUUUUCUAUGAUAAUAGUAAUAUAUUUUAAAAUGAUACACUUACCUAUCCUGGAUAGAAUUUCUCCAGCAACACCAGUAUUUCUAUAAUAAUAAAAUAGUUAUAUUACCUGUACAGAAGUUUGUUAAAAUGUAGAUUAGCAUUAUUGAAUCUAAAUAUUGAAAAAUAUUAUGUAAUGGAAAUUAUUAUUAAGUAUUAAUUAGUUUUAUAUCUAUAAAAGUUGUUAGAUUAAAAAAAAAAAUUGUACUUAAGGCAAUAGGUAAUAUAAUAUAAUAGGUUAAUAUUAACAUUAUGAUAUAUACAAUAUUGUAUAUAAUAUUAAAUUGUGUUAAUAUUAAUUAUUUAUAUUGCUUUUCUUAUUUAUUUAGUUUAUGACAAAAAAUCGAAACAAACGUCUUGGUUGUAUAGCAAAUGAUGGCACAGAAGCUGCUAUAAAAGUUCAUGCAUUUUUUCGAGAUUUGGAUUGGGAAGCUUUGGAAAACCGACGUGUCAAGCCACCAUUUAAACCAAAAAUUGUAAUUUUAAUUUAUAUUAUUAUCAUGUACAUAUUGUGCAUCUCCCAUGUAUAAAAUAAAAAAAUAUAGUUAUCAAUAUUAUAGGUAUACGCUUUUACAGCAACAAUAAAGAUUAUCUUAUUAUGUAACUAAUUCACUGAACUACCUAAAUUGAACAUAAUUCACUAAUAAAAUCAAAAUAGCAAUUAGUGAUACAGAAAUUAUAUCUCAUAAUAUUUAAUUGUGUUACUGCUUAAUUUAUUAACAAACAUUAAAACUAUGAUAGGUCACUAAAAUUAAUAUUACAUUUUAGUGAUUUUUCAUAAAGUAAAUUUAAAGAAGAAAAUUUAAAAUAAUUUAAACCUAAUAAGAAAAAAACUUUGCUUCUUACAUCUAUGAUUGAAUAUUAUUUUCCCAUCAAAUAUUUAUAAUAAAAUUUUAUUUUUUAUUUUUUUAUAUUAAUUAUUAUAAUUUAAUAAAAUUACCUAUUCACCUUACUUAUUACACCUAUUACACCCCUACACCUUAUUAUCUUUUAAAACUUUUAUCUCUUAUAUUAUUUAUUUAAUUUAAAUUUUCCACAAUUGAAUAGUUUUGUUUUAACUUUUCAUUAUUUGUUCAUUAAAAAAACGUUAUUGUAUUUCAUAAAAUCAAGGUGUAAUUAAAUUACAUUUUUUUUUAAUCAGAAAAAUAAAAAAGAUGCCAUGAACUUCGAUACAGAGUUCACUAAAGAAGAUCCAGCAUUGACACCUGUACCAGCUAAUGUGACUAUGUCUAUUAACCAAGAAGAGUUUCAAGGAUUUUCAUUUGUGAAUCUUGAUUUCAAUCCAAGCAAAUUUACUCAUACAGAUUCUUCAAAAUAAUAAUAUUAUUUUCGUUAAAUAAUGUAUUUAUUGAAGGUGAGUAAAAUAAUUAUAUUAUUUUAUUAUAUAUUUUUUUUAAUCAUAUUAAAAUAAUAAUUAUGUACAUUAUAUAUAUAUUUUCGGUUUUUUUUAUUUUAAUUAUAGAACCAUCAAUUGAAGAAAAUGUACAAUAACUGUCUGCAAUACAUUCAAUCAGGAUUAUUAUUAUGUGAUACGUAUGUAACUACUUUGAUAUUUAUUCACGUGGUGCCUCUAAUUAUAUGUAUUAAUAUAUAUUUUAAUACAAUUCUUCCCUCUUAUAUUUUAUCUAGUCCAAAUUAAUUAAAUAUAUUGUUCGAUCCCAUUAAUAAUAGUUAAGCUAAAUUUGAUUUGAUUCAGUUCCCUAAGCUCCAAAUUAUUAGAAUUCUAUUGUUAAUUAAACAGUAUUAUUUUGCAUUUUAUUAUAAACAAACUAGUCACUAUUGAUCAUAAAAUAAAACGCCUUUUAUUAUUAUAUUCAACUAUGAAUGUUCUACCUAUGUGUUCAUUGGACAUUCAUAAAGUUUACUGACAAUUAUGAUAGUUAUUAUUUUUACUAUGCAUUUUUAUUUUUAUUAUUAUAAGUAAUAAUUUAUUAACUGACUAGGCAACAACUAUUUGUGAUCCAAGUAUUAAUUUGGUAUUUUACCUAUUACUAUCUUAAUAAAACUUCUAACAUGACAUUCUUCUAAUUUAUCUACAUUUUUGUUAUGAAAAUUAUUGUAAUAUUAGUAAUCUUAAAUUAGUAAAUUUAUUAAAGGAAACAUUGUUGCCUUUUAUAGAAUUCAAUAACAUUAUAAAGAUUUGGAUAUAAUCGAAUCUCUUAAGUACUUUAAUUGUUAAAAGUAAUACAUUUCUAGUCUGAUAUGGAUAAAACUUAUUUCACAGUGGGCCUUAAAUAGUUGUAAUACAAAUUAUAUAUUUAAAUUAGAUUUAGUUACCUACUCAUAUAUAUCGAACAACAAUCAUUUUUAGCUAUAAUUACAAACUUGAUUUAAGAUAUAGAUAGAAAAGAGGUAUAGAAUAUAUAUAUAUAUAUAUAUAUUAUAAAUUAUAUUGUAAAUAUUAGUUUUAUAAAAGACUAAUAACUUUAUUUUUAAAAAUAAUUCUUUAUUUUUCUCAGCAUUACCCUUAUAGACAGUUAAGUGUGUUCAUUCAAGUGGCCUUUUAAAUGUUUAAUCUUUAGUAAAGUUAUGCAAUACAUUGUUAAGAAAUGGACCAUUUAGUAAAUAAUCAAUGAAAAAUAUAACUUAAUGUGCUGAUUUGUAACUUAAAAUAUUAGUAAAUUUAUUUUAAAUAUGGUUCUACAGCAUGCUACAAAUUUUUAUCUAUUUUUAAUUUUACCUGAACAGGGUUGUAUAGUGGAAUGGCGUGUACAAUAUAGAACUUAUAUUUUAUUUAAUAACAAAUGAGAUGAAAUUUUAGUAACUACUUAUAUUAAAAUAAAAUUAUAUUAAUAUUAAUCUUAAUUAUAAUGUGAACUAUUUUUGUGACUUACGAAUUUCCAUAAUACUUUCAAUUCAGUAAAAACUACAUAUGUGCUUUAUUAAAUAUAAUAUAUAUUAAUAUAUAACUUUAACUAUUAUCUUUGGUCACAUAACAUUUCAAUAAUAUUUGCAAUUCAAUAAAAAUUCCAUAUGUGUUUUAUUAAAUAUAAUAUAUAUAAAUAUAUAACUUUAACUAUUUUUUUUACCAUAUUUUCAAUUGGUUUAAAUAUGUGUACCCAUAUUAAUUAUGAUACCUAAACAGGUAUUUAUUUUCUCUUUUACAUUUGCCUGAGUUGCCAAGAAAAAGAUUAAUAUGUUCAUAGAAAUGUGCAAUUAAGUGAUUCCAUAUCUCCAAGCACAAGUUCAAUAAUACUGCUGUAACACUUGUACUACACAUGUCUCUUUAAACAUAUUUUUAUCGAAUUUCAGUAUUUUUUAUUGAUUAGUAAAAGAAUGAGACUAUUUUCAAUACACGAAUAAGAAAUUAUUAGACCUAUACUAAGGUAUAAAUCUAACAUAUUGGACAUAGAUAAAUAAAACUACUGAUGGUUUUUCAUAAUUUUGGUUUUGAGCUUUACUUUGAUUACACUUAAAAUGGUUAUUCGUUUGUGUUUUGCAAUAGUGACAAUGAUAUUAAGAAAGAGUUGAUUCAAAUAAUAAUUUGAUAUAUAUUUUUUUUAUGUGGGUAUUUGUGGUUAAGACUUAGUAGAAUCAUCAAUUGUAUUAUUAAUACUUAAUUUUUACUAUGAAUAUAAAUAAAUUAUAUCUAUAUAUAUAUAUAUAUAACUAUAAGUCAUAUUGUACAUUUUAUAUGAAUAAUGUAUAAUCAUUUAGGUUAAAUAAGCUUCAGUAUCAAAACUCACAUAAUCCAAUAAAAUUUAGUUUAUUCAUAAAUCACUACUCUCCUGAUUGAAUUCAGACAUGUUCCAGUGCAUUUUAAAUCAAACUGACUACAGAAUCUGAUUCAUUAACAAAAAUCAUAUAAAACUGUGUCAUAAGCUUAUUGUCCUAUUUUUUGGAACAUGUUAAUUUUGAUUUUAGCCUACCAACACAAUGGAUUAAUUAUUUUAUAGUGAAAAUUGUUUUGUUUAUAAAAACAUAAUGAUGUUAAAUAAACAAAAUCGGAUAAAAUAUAAUAUUAAAUACUGUAAUAUUAUCAAUUGUUGUAUUUUUACACCAUUGAAAUAUAUUAGAUCUCUAAAAGACCCCAAGUAGUAACUAAAUGUGCACCCCUUCCACAACACUGUUCUGCAAACAUUGAAAUAUAUAAUUUAAAUUUAAAUAUAAAAAAAAAAAAAAAAAUUAAAACUAUUUUCAUACCAAAUUAAAUUUUUUUUAUAAAUUAUAUUAAAUACACAUAAUAUAUAAUAAUAGAUUUGAUUUAAAAAAUGUCUUUCAAAUUUAAUCCAAGACAGGAGUUCAUAAAAGCAAUUUAAAAUGUGAUUGUAUAGACAUUUUGUAAACCAGCUACAUGUAUUAAUAUUAAGAAGCUUAAAUAAAUUAGUGAUUUAUUGAGUGAAAUUUAAAAUUUAAUAUUAUUUUUAACAUUAAAUUUAUAUUAUUUAAUAAUAAGUAACAAUAAAUUGUAUAUGGUGAUAAAAACCAUCUUAAAAAAAAAUUGUGAUUUAAAAAAAGAACCUGAACACGAAUAUUAAUAUCAUAAAAGCUAUUACUUCUAAUAACUUAGGUUUUAUAUUAUAAUCUAAUACAGUUAGUGAUUAAUAAAUUUAUCUACAAAGUAUAUCAACUUUGUAUUAUACAAUUUAUUAUUAUAAUAAAUUAAUAGGUACAAAAAUGUUUCUACUAUAAUAUUUUUUGUUUAUAUAUACAUAACAUAACAUAAUAUAAUGAUAGAAGUAUAUAUUAUAUAUGAUUUUGCACAAUCUAUUGGUAAAAAUUAAAUAUGUUUAGGAAAAUAUAAUAAAAGCAUUGGCUAACUUAUUUUUUUUAUUAUCACAUUUUACAUUAGUUAAAUAAUUACCACUUAAUGCACUGAAAUUGAUUACUUAAUUAUGUAAUAUGAGAGUAAAGUUCAUAGGGUUAUGGGCUUGUUAAUUUCAUUUCUUAUUUUAAAAUUUUACACUUCCACCUUUGAGUGCAGAAGAAAUUUCCCAAAGUCUGAGAAAAUUAUAGGUAUUAAAUUAACCAUACUUCACCAAAUUUAUGCAAAUUAUAUUAUUUGAUUAGUGUACAAUUUUAAAUUUAAAUAAUUAUAUAGUAGUUUUUCAUUAUUUAUAGAUUACAUAUGAAAUUAAUUUAUAUUAUAUUGGGGGCUUGUCAAAAAUCACCCUUGAACUAUUUUACAUGAUUAAUUCAAAUAUAUGUUAAGAAUUACUUUUAUAUCGAUCAAAAUCAAAUAUUAUAGUUCUAAUUACAUCCUUAGAUAUAAUAAUAUAAUUAUAAAGUUAUAAUUUUUUUUUUGUUUUAAAACACUUAAAGCAUAUUUUAAAAGCCCAUCCCAAAAUCUAAUUAAUUAAAUUAUCAAAAUGAUAAAGUAUUGAAUCUUUAUAUAAGCAAAACAACCUAGUCAUCACUUAGAUACUAAUUAGCAAUUAUUUUAAUUUAUAAUAUUAUCAUUGAUUAUGUUUAUCAUAUUAUUAUUGUUAUGACCUAUUAUUAUUAUUAUUAGAUACAUCUAUCUAUGUUGCGUAUGCAGUGAAGUAUUUUGUAUUUUAGUUAAUGUUUUUUCUGUUUUUUUUUUUUCUAUUCAGUAUUAUUAAUUAAGUUUAUACAAUGUCAUGUUUUUUUAUGAUUUACAACCAUUUAUUUUUUAAAUGUAUUAAUUUCAUAACUAUAUUAUAUAAUUGUUUAAACGUUGUUGAUUUUUUUUUUCUGAGUCAUGUUAUAAUUUUGUGCCAAAUGUGUGUUAAAAUUAUUUGUAUUCAAAUGGUACAAAAUUUAAUUUAAUAAUUUUUGUUUAUUCCUUUAAUACCUCGCGCUUUUCAAAAUACUAAUGAGAUAAAAUUAUACUAACUAUAUGUAUAGAUAAUAUAAACAAAUCGUAUUAUUUUGAAUAUGUUAAAAAAUCUUGCUAUCCAUAGCUUAUUGGAAAUUUGAAUUUUAACAAUUAUUUUUUAAAUUUUCUGUUAUUUUUUUUUAAAAUAAAAUAUCAUAUGAG